AUGCCUAUCAGCGGUGUCCUUGUAAACGUGCACGACCCUGACUACGUGUUGGCGACGCACAAAGACGGCGCGCACGUCAAGGUCGAAGGUCAGGGCUUCAACAGUACCGACAAUCAGAGGUGGAUUGCGCAGUUCAAAUACGUCAAAGAAACAGAAACACGUCUGUGGUCGGUCCAGAACAAGGAUACUGGAAAUUACUUGUCGUGGAACUCAAGCAUGCAAGUCCUCAUGAGCGACACUGAGCACUGGUGGAAAUUGGUCUUCGUAGGUGAGAAUAUCAAGUCCCCCACGCGUCCAAGAACGAUGAAAGCUACUACACUUUGGAGCUUGAAGACAAUGCAUCGGUCACCCUCAAGAACCAGACGGGCAAGCUCAUCAGCAGGCAGCUGUGGACUCCCGUGGAUAAAUAAGCGUGCGCUUGGAGGAUUUGGUUU